CGAGGUGCGCGGCGCCCGCCCCGGCCAUGGCCCCCGCCCGGGGCCGCCUGCCCUCCGCGCUCUGGGUCGUCACGGCCGCGGCGGCGGCGGCCACCUGCGUGUCCGCGGCGCGCGGCGAAGUGAACUUGUUGGACACAUCGACCAUCCAUGGAGACUGGGGCUGGCUCACGUAUCCGGCUCAUGGGUGGGACUCCAUCAACGAGGUGGACGAGUCCUUCCAUCCCAUCCACACCUAUCAGGUGUGCAACGUCAUGAGCCCCAACCAGAACAACUGGCUGCGCACCAGCUGGGUGCCCCGAGAUGGCGCUCGCAGGGUCUACGCCGAGAUCAAGUUCACGCUGCGUGACUGCAACAGCAUGCCCGGCGUGCUGGGCACCUGCAAGGAGACCUUCAACCUCUACUACCUGGAGUCCGACCGCGACCUGGGUGCCAGCACGCAGGAAAGCCAGUUCCUUAAGAUCGACACCAUCGCGGCCGACGAGAGCUUCACCGGCGCUGACCUGGGCGUGCGGCGGCUCAAGCUCAACACGGAGGUGCGUGGCGUGGGGCCCCUCAGCAAGCGCGGCUUCUACCUGGCCUUCCAGGACAUCGGGGCCUGCCUCGCCAUCCUCUCUCUCCGCAUCUACUACAAGAAGUGCCCCGCUAUGGUGCGCAACCUGGCGGCCUUCUCGGAGGCGGUGACCGGGGCCGACUCGUCCUCGCUGGUGGAGGUGCGCGGCCAGUGCGUGCGGCACUCGGAGGAGCGGGACACGCCCAAGAUGUACUGCAGCGCCGAGGGCGAGUGGCUGGUGCCCAUCGGCAAGUGCGUGUGCAGCGCCGGCUACGAGGAGCAGCGGGAUGCCUGCGUGGCCUGCGAGCUGGGCUUCUAUAAAUCAGCCCCCGGGGACCAGCUGUGCGCCCGAUGUCCCCUACACAGCCACUCUGCAGCCCCUGCUGCCCAGACCUGCCGCUGUGACCUCAGCUACUACCGCGCAGCCCUGGACCCGCCCUCCGCAGCCUGCACCCGGCCACCCUCAGCACCGGUGAAUCUGAUCUCCAGUGUGAAUGGGACUUCUGUGACCCUGGAGUGGGCCCCUCCCCUGGACCCAGGUGGCCGCAGUGACAUCACCUAUAAUGCUGUGUGCCGCCGCUGCCCAUGGACACUGAGCCGCUGUGAGGCAUGUGGGAGCGGCACCCGCUUCGUGCCACAGCAGAAGAGCCUGGUGCAGGCCAGCCUGUUGGUGGCCAACCUGCUGGCUCACACCAACUACUCCUUCUGGAUCGAGGCUGUCAACGGUGUGUCUGACCUGAGCCCCGAGCCCCGCCAGGCUGCCGUGGUCAACAUCACUACGAACCAGGCAGCCCCGUCGCAGGUGGUGGCCAUCAGGCAGGAGCGCGCCGGGCAGACCAGCGUGUCGCUGCUGUGGCAGGAGCCCGAGCAGCCCAACGGGAUCAUCCUGGAGUACGAGAUCAAGUACUACGAGAAGGACAAGGAGACGCAGAGCUACUCCACGCUCAAGGCGGUCACCACGCGCGCCACCGUGUCGGGCCUCAAGCCGGGCACGCGCUAUGUGUUCCAGGUGCGAGCGCGCACCUCGGCGGGCUGCGGCCGCUUCAGCCAGGCCAUGGAGGUGGAGACCGGGAAACCCCGGCCCCGUUAUGACACCCGGACCAUCGUCUGGAUCUGCCUGACGCUCAUCACAGGCUUAGUUGUACUUCUUCUCCUUCUCAUCUGCAAAAAGAGGCACUGUGGCUACAGCAAGGCCUUCCAGGACUCUGACGAGGAGAAGAUGCACUACCAGAGUGGGCAGGCACCCCCGCCUGUCUUCCUGCCCCUGCACCACCCCCCAGGGAAGUUGCCAGAGCCCCAGUUCUAUGCAGAACCCCACAACUAUGAGGAGCCGGGCCGGGCAGGCCAUGGUUUCACGCGGGAGAUUGAGGCCUCCAGGAUCCACAUUGAGAAAAUCAUUGGUUCAGGGGAGUCUGGAGAAGUCUGCUAUGGGCGGCUGCGGGUGCCGGGGCAGCAGGACGUGCCUGUGGCCAUCAAGGCCCUCAAAGCUGGCUACACAGAGAGGCAGCGGCGGGACUUCCUGAGUGAGGCGUCCAUCAUGGGCCAGUUUGACCACCCCAAUAUCAUCCGUCUGGAAGGCGUCGUCACGCGCGGCCGCUUGGCGAUGAUCGUGACCGAGUACAUGGAGAACGGCUCUCUGGACGCCUUCCUGAGGAUCCAUGACGGCCAGUUCACCAUCAUGCAGCUGGUGGGCAUGCUCAGAGGUGUGGGUGCCGGCAUGCGCUACCUCUCAGACCUGGGCUACAUCCAUCGAGACCUGGCCGCCCGUAAUGUCCUGGUUGAUGGUAACCUGGUCUGCAAGGUGUCUGACUUCGGGCUCUCCCGGGUGCUGGAGGAUGACCCCAACGCCGCCUACACCACCACGGGCGGGAAGAUUCCCAUCCGCUGGACAGCUCCAGAGGCCAUUGCCUUCAGGACUUUCUCCUCAGCCAGCGACGUGUGGAGUUUCGGCGUGGUCAUGUGGGAGGUGCUGGCCUAUGGCGAGAGGCCCUACUGGAACAUGACCAACCGGGACGUCAUCAGCUCUGUGGAGGAGGGGUACCGGCUGCCCGCACCCAUGGGCUGCCCCCGAGCCCUGCACCAGCUCAUGCUCGACUGCUGGCACAAAGACCGCACCCAGCGGCCUCGCUUCUCCCACAUCGUCAGCGUCCUGGACGCGCUGAUUCGCAGCCCUGAGAGUCUCAGAGCCACGGCCACAGCCGGCAGGUGCCCACCCCCUGCCUUCGCCAGGAGCUGCUUUGAUCUCCGAGGGGGCGGGGGUGGCGGCGGGGGCCUCACCGUGGGGGACUGGCUGGACUCCAUCCGCAUGGGCCGGUACCGAGACCACUUCGCCGCCGGCGGUUACUCCUCGCUGGGCAUGGUGCUGCGCAUGGAUGCUCAGGACGUGCGUGCCCUGGGCAUCACUCUCAUGGGCCACCAGAAGAAGAUCCUGGGCAGCAUCCAGACCAUGAGGGCCCAGCUGACCAGCACCCAGGGGCCCCGUCGGCACCUAUAACUCGGGCAUAAGGUCAUGCCGGCUAUCAGAAGACCAAGUCAGCGGCGGUCAGAACAUCCCCAGAGCUCUGCCUGUCCUGCUCUCAGGAGCUAGGGAGGCGAAGUCUCCGCUGCAGUACCUGGAGUCACAAGGGUCACAUACCUGGACUGGGCCUUUGGUGCUCAGCAUGGCCCGGACAGCUGCCUCCUGGGGCAGAGGGCUUCCUUUCUGCCAGAGCCUUGGGCCUCGACUCACAGAGUCCAACAGAGACAUUGCUCACUGCCUCGUGUGUGCGUGCGUGUGUGUGUGUGUGUGUGUGUGUGUGUGUGUGUGUGUGUGUGAGUGUGCAGUGGGGGUGUGAUCUCAUGAGGUUGCGGGGGGCCAUGUGGAAAAUGUGUGAUCACCUGUGUGUCCACAAUCAGGUCCCAGCAUGCUGUGCAAGUGUUAGAAUGUGUGUGCUUGUCCUUGGGGCUGGAGCCACACACGUGUGACUGGGGCGAUCAUGAAUCAGGAACUCAUUCAUGUGAGCAAGGAACUCAGUGUGGCACUGCCCAGGUCCCAGCACCUACGGGGACUGAGCAGUGGCUCUUGCUUACCCUCUGGCAUGUCUGGAGGUUGGAGCCAGGGGCUGCUUCUGAACCACACCAGCACUGGGCCCGCCCUGGUCCCCGCCUAGGUGAGCCCAUCCCCGGCUGUAUCUCAGGUCCGGGGCCUCCCGCCAGCUGGGGGGCCACCUGCAGCUUCCACCUGGCUCCCACUGCUGCUCAACAGGAAAACAGGGUUCCUGGCCAGUCCCUCUGGCCACCUUUCUCAUAGGCAUCAGGGUAGAGCACUCAAGAUGCCCUUGGCUGGACUUCGGCUGCCUGGCAGGGGCCAAGGGGCUGGUGACUCCCCUCUGGUUCUGGUGCCCCCUGCAACACCAGGUCUCUUCCAGUGGAAGCCCCUUUGCCAACAUCUCACCGCCUAGCCCCACCCCAUCCCCACUCCAUCCUGCCCCGGGGUCAAGGAAUAUAAGAUCCUAGCCCCACCCGCCAUCCUGUACCAUGUGAGAAGACCCACCCUGGAGAGAGGGACACCUUACCCAAGGUCACACAGCAACCGAGUUUCAGGGUUGGAGACUCCUGCCUCCCACCCCGGGGCUCGGUUUCCCCAGGCAGCCAGCUGUGGUGGGAAGCAGGGGCCUGGGAAGCACCCCUCCCCGACAGACCCUCCCCUUUACGGCCCACCAGGGUAUGUAAAUAUCUCUUUUCUACCAUGUCAGAGUAUUUUUUCCUCACUUCUGACAAUGCAAAAAUGUUCUUCAAAGCACAUAAAAAACACGCAGGGUGAGAAAGGCCCAUCCCAGGGAUGUCUGGCAGGCAGGGCCCAAGGAACCCCCCCAUCCCCUGCCAGAUCCACAGGGCCACCCAGCUUCCAGCCCCUGCCCUGCUCCUCCCCAUAGCCAGCACAGCUACCCCGCGAGUCACCAGCACUGAGCCCCCUUUCCCUUCUGCAAUAAUUUGGGGAGUCUCAGCCUGUCCAGGUGCCGCGGCCAGCUCUCUCCACCUCUAUAUAUUAUAUUACUAUAUAGCCGAGCUGCUCUUCCUUCCUAUGGAAGUGGGACACACGGUCAGGACUCGAGCAGGGAGGACCCUGUGUUCCUCCCCACCCCACCCCAGUCUCACCCGGUUUGUGGGCUUGGGAUCCUCACAGUUACAGGGGUACAUGGGGCUGGCACUAGCUGAAGUGUGGCCCCUGCUCUGAGUGGGUUCCUCUCGGGUCCCAGGGGUCUGCCUCUCAGUGGUCCCCAUCCUGAGUCUUGAACUUACCCACAAAUAGAAUAAAUUCUGCCUCAUCUUUG